AUAACCCUUUAGUCAAAAGUCAGCUAGGAAGCUACGAAUCGGAUGCCAACUUCAGCGUCAAGCUCCUUCUUCUCCAUUGUUUGAGGCUUCGCUGAAGGGAUUGGCACCCUCGCCGCAUGUACCGCAUGCAGUGGAGGUAUAUUGACACCGGGUAAAGGUGCGCAUCAGGUCUCCUCCCAUCAGUGCAGUACCAGGAUGUGAUGUCACAGUAGUAACUGCACUCCUGUCCUGUCCAGCUUUGUGUUUUUGGAGAGGGGAGCCCCUCCUUCCCACUCCGAGGACAGGACAUGUUUGAAGUGAAACCCCGGGCGGUGGAGAAGAAGGAGUCCAGCACAGAGACAGAUGAGGGGCUGGGCAGCAGCGGGAGGCAUCACACCUCUGGCUCACUGGGCUCCUGUUCAGCCGGCUCUGGCUCCCUGUACCUGUCGGACAGUCAGGACUGGGUGGUCUCUCCCAGCUGCUCUCCAGAUGAAGGCCCCGCACAGAUCAACUCCAUCUCUCCCCUGCUGGCUGAAGAGACUCUCCGUUACAUGACUUAUCUUGCUUUGGAGCCCUCUUCUUAUUCCCGUCCUGGCUCUCAGAGCCUCUCCAAAGUCCUCAGUGCCGAUCGAGUGGAGCAGAUGACCAAGACGUACAAUGACAUUGAAGUGGUCACACAUCUUUUGGCUGAGCGAGACAGAGAUUUGGAGCUUGCAGCUCGGAUCGGGCAGUCACUUCUGCAGAGAAACCAACUUCUACAGGAACGAAAUGACGCCGUGGAGGAGCAGCUUGCACAAGCUGUGGACCAGGUACACCAGCUACAGCAUGAGCUAACCAAGAAGGAUGAACUGCUGCGGAUAGUGGCCAUUGCCUCGGAGGAGGGUGAGCAAGACUCCAAUGCGACAACUCCCCAGAAUCAACCUCAUCUGCUGGGGGGAGCUGCGGCCACAGCACUGAUCCAGCUGGAACAUCUGCAGGACAAGCUGCAGGAGCUGGAGGAGGAGAACCAGGCACUGAGGUCUGAGGCGUACCAGCUGAAGAGAGACACUGUGACGUAUGAGGAGAAGGAGCAGCAGCUCGUCAGCGACUGUGUUCAAGAACUUCGUGAGUCCAACAGUCAGAUGGUGUCUCUGACGGAUGAAUUGUCUCAGAAGAACGAAGAGCUGCUCAGACACCAGGAGGAAAUUGCUCAGCUGCUCUCUCAGAUAGUAGAGCUGCAACAUAGAGUAAAGGAGCUGGCUCUGGAGAAAGAAGAGCUAAGGAUCCACCUUCAGGCCUCCAAAGAUGCCCAGAGGCAGCUUACAGCAGAGCUCAACGAGCUGGCAGAAACGAACGCAGAGUGUGUGGAAAUGCUCCACGAGUCACAGGAGGAGAUUAAAGAGCUUCGCAGUAAGAGCAGUCCCUCCACUGGGAUGCGACGGCACCUUUCUUACGGCCUCUACGCCAUGGAAUCCUUGGCAGCAGAGAUUGAGGGCUCAAUGAGGAGAGAACUAAGCAUUGAGGAGGAGACCGCCUCUCAAGACCAAAGAAUUUCCCAGAAGAGGGUCUUCCAAACUGUUCGCUCGGUCAACGCCUCAGCUUCUCGUGCUGCUAUGGCCUCCCCGCCUAUCCCCGGCUCUGGACAGAGUUCUCUAGUAAUGACAGCCCAACCUUUCCAGUCUGCACAAGGGGACGAGGUACGAAUGGGCCAGCCAGGAUUACCAGGAGGAAACGACCUUACCAAAGCUCUCCAUCGCCUAUCUUUAAGGCGACAGAACUUCCUGUCUGAACGUCAGUUCUUCCAGGUGGAGCGUGAGAAGAAGCUGCAGACCCUGACAGGGGCAGAACCAGAUGGAGAGGGCAGCGGCUGCAGCUCCCCAAUGGGCAGCGUGCUCUCCUCCUUUUCCAACCUCUCCGAUCUCACAGUCAGCUCUACUGUUUUCAAGACCUUCUUGCCUGAGAAGCUUCAGAUUGUCAAACCAAUGGAAGGUUCCCUGACGCUCCAUCACUGGCAGCAGCUUGCCAAACCUCACCUAGCCACCAUCUUAGACCCACACCCUGGGGUUGUGACUAAAGGUUUCCGGCCUCUGGCUCAGGAUGCUGUGUUCCAGCUGUCAGACAUGGAGGAGGAUGAGGAGGGCGAAGAGCAUAGAGGGAUUCCUGUCCUUGAGAAAGGGACAACCGAGAAGGGUAAGGAAGAGCUUGACGAGGAAGAGGAGGAAGGCGGGAUAACCUUCAACGUGCGCUGUUCAUCCACACCUGAGGAAAGAAACUAUUCGGUUGCACCUCACACCAACGCGCCUCUCCCCUCGAGCCGGCUGACAUCGUCUGGAGUACCUUCCACUUCCUCCUUUGUCCACUCGGACCUCUGUUUGACACUUAAUGAGGUCACGGGGAAAUUGAACCAAUCCCCUCACUUCAUUCCUGGAGCUUCUACAUCAGCUGUCCAAUCACAAAGUAGAACUUCCACCUCAACAUCUUCUUCUUUUGUACCAAACCCAGGGAAGAGUCAGAGCUCCACCUUCUCUACCUACACCUUCACAACCUGUCGCAUUCUCCACCCUACUGACGUCACACUGGUCACACCAAGUUCACAGUCAUCCCUUUCAGCCAACACGCCCAGCUCCAUGAGAACAGGUCCCAGUACCCCUGUAACUCCCUGCAGACUGAGCUUUGGUGACUCCUUCCCCCCUCAACGCCCUCCAGCACCCCCCAGCAGCCUGGCCAAACUGGUCCUGGAGAGAGGUAUUUCUGCACAAGUCUCCACUGAUGCCCCCUCUUCAUCAUCCAGAUGUGCUCCACGGCAGCCCCUGUUACAACUCGUGGCUAGCACACCUGCCAACUCCACCUCCCAGUCGCCCGCUCCCUCCCCCGUGCCUACAGAGUCACGCCAACACCCGCCUGACAAUUUUCUAGCCUCGCGGCCUGCAGAGCUUUUUCUCCAAGAUGUGUACGGGUUGAACCUGGGCCGAGCCCCACACCCUGACCUGCCAAGCCCUUCCCAGGAAACCACUACCCUAUCCUCUGGUUCUAAGCCAGUCCGAGACAAGGCCAACCUAGUCAGUGUCGGUCUGGUAGAAAGACUUCGUCAUUUGGGCUUCUCUAAGGUGCUGCACAGUUCAGAGUCCGACGCUUCAGUGCCACACCAAGAGGCCGCCACUUUUGUGUCAGCAGGCGGGGGAAGUCUGAUGGAGGGCCUGAGGCGCAAUCAGAGUCUCCCAGCGAUGAUUGGCGCCAGAGUAGGUAGUAAGUCAACCGCUCAUCCAACCUCCCUGGCUAUCCCAUCACAUUGGGGAAAUCUUAAAGAACGACGGCGGCAUCUUGCCUCCAUCUCACAUCCUCAGAGAGGUUCAAAACACUAAAGGAAGGAGUCAUACAGCAUCCAUACCUUGAUCCUCUUGGUUUACACCUCCACCCCAACUCCUUCCUUUCUGCCUUUGGAGAGAGAAGACAGGGAAUCAGUAGAAGGAACAGUCCUUCCUUUUAAUGACAUCGAUUAAAAGCACAAUUUAACGGUUUUUAGUGACGCUGAGUUUUCUCAAUGUACUCAUCUGCCAUUAAGCUUGGCCUUAGCUUGACUCUUGAGUUGGGUUUGCAUUUUAGUAGUUGUAUUGUCAGGCUCUGGAUGUUCAGGUGUAACUGGAAGCAGGUUUCCUAUAAAGCCAAGAAAAGUCCUGGAAUUUGAUUUUAGUGUCCCAUUAUCUAGACGUUCUGUAUUUUCUUCAUUGUUCUAACUUUUCCUUUCUUCCUCCCACGUCCUUUUUUUCAUUUCUUCCUUGUGCCCUUCUUUCCCUCCUUGUCUUACGUCCCUGCUUUCUGACUAGCCUUCCUUCCUUGUGUCCUACCUACUUGAUUUCCUUGGGUCCAGUUUCCAAAGUCUUCCCAAGUAGAAAUAUCUUCCAUAAAUUCAUGGGGAAAUUCCCUAUUUUAAAAUUUAAAACCAAUUUUUUACAUUAAAAAGUUGCAGGAACUCUCUGGGGAGGACGUAAAGUAAUGAUGCAAUUGUCUGAGGGUUUGUGGAAGUCUAUAAGAAAGGAUGAGGAACAUUUGUGAAAGACAGAGUUUAUUCUUGUUAGAUGGUUAAGGAAAGUGGUGACUGAGUGAGUGAACAUCUGAGCACCCAGAGUCUUGCUGUUCCAAGGGCUUGUUCUGUAAUCAGCAAGAAGAAAUGUAAAACAGUAUCAUCCCAGCCUAUAAUCCAGUGAACAGUUAUUCUGUCAUGUCAAGCUUCUAGAAAUACAAGCCUUUGAUGUCAGUGGAAGAGUGAUCCAACUAACUUUUAUUAUUGAGACACUAGUUAGACAACGUAAAGCAUAACAUGAUACUGCCAGACUAAUCUUGUAGACCAGCCAAACCUGUAAACAUACCAGUGUUGGAUUUAUUUUUACUGUUAAUAUAGCUUACGUUUUCUGUCCAUGUGGUAUGGCAAAAGCAUCUGCAUGAAAUGCCUAUAUGUCCCAGCAUGCAUCUGUAAGUAGGCAGGUGGGGCCAGGCUGAAGCAAGUUCAGAACCAAAAUGCGCAAAAAAAGGGAAGGAGGGAGGAGGUCUGUUUUUCUUCAGGUCUUUGUUUUGUGUGUUUUUUAAGAAAAUGAGGCCUUAAACGGAGGCAAGCACUGUUUUCAUUAAAGUUUUGUUGGUAUGUAUUAGUUGCACUUAGUAGGUUCUGGGGAACAUCGCAGAACUAAACUGAAUAUAUUUUAUCUUUUCACAAGACAGGUCAGCUUUCAGUCAUGUUUCUGUAGAGAACAAAACCACCAUCUAGAUGCUUUUUUCUAGUUAAGGGUAAAUGCAGUUCAAACAUUGGCCAGCAGGUGGGAGCAUUUCACAUCUACAAAGUACUUGAAAUCAGCCAUUCUCUUUAAAAGCCUAAACCUUAACUUGCAUCUGCUCUUCUGUUUUAUGGCUAACCUUUUACUGAUUACUGUUUAAAGUAUUUAAAUCCUGGCAUUAAUGAAAACAUUUGGUGUGUCUGGUAACAAUAUAAGCUAAUAAUUUAAUUUAUGUUGCAAUUUGUUUCCACACAAAGGAAAUCCAUCUUAACGUAAAAAACUUUAUUUUUGUUAGAACAAAUAUUCUGGCUUGCACAUGUUUAAAUGAAGCAUUGUGAAAAAGAAAAAGGUGUAUAAAUGUACGAUGAAAGAGAAUGAAGACUCAUCGAGUGACUGUAUCUUUUAGAUUUGUUGUUGUUGUUGCCAUAUCCUGUUUUCCUUGUAACACUGAAAGUUCAGGUUCGUGGCUUUUGGUGGACAUAAAUAAUACAGAACUUCCUUGUGUUUCCCAGCUGUAAUCAGGAUCCUAUGUUAUUGCCUCUUUUGUAAAAUAAAGCUAUUGAAAUUAAAA